GGUUAUAUAUUUGAUCCUUGCCUUCAUUGCAGGUCUAACAAGCUGCUCUCUCUUCCCCUGGAUUCUGUGGAUUCCAAAGUCUAAGCUCCCUUGUUCUUACAGCAUCACAUUGCCAUGGGGGAUGCUGAGAUGUCCGUGUAUGGUGCGGCCGCACCGUACCUGCGGAAGUCAGACAAGGAACGCAUGGAGGCCUCCACGCGGCUCUUUGACAUCAAGAAGGAGUGUUUUGUUCCGGAUCCGGUGGAGGAGUUUGUAAAGGGAACCAUCACCAGCAGGGAUGGAGACAAGGUCACAGUGGAAACUCAGAAUGGGAAGACUGUGACUGUCAAAGACUCAGACAUUCUUCAGCAGAAUCCACCAAAGUUUGACAAGAUUGAAGACAUGGCCAUGCUGACCUUCCUCCAUGAACCAGCUGUGCUGUUCAACCUCAAAGAGCGUUAUGCGGCAUGGAUGAUCUAUACCUACUCCGGGCUGUUCUGUGUGACUGUCAACCCCUACAAGUGGCUGCCAGUCUACAACCAGGAGGUGGUCCUUGCUUAUCGAGGAAAAAAGAGGAGUGAAGCUCCUCCUCACAUUUUCUCCAUCUCUGAUAGCGCAUACCAGUACAUGCUCUCAGAUCGGGAAAACCAGUCAAUUCUGAUCACUGGAGAAUCUGGUGCAGGAAAGACUGUCAACACCAAGAGAGUCAUCCAGUAUUUUGCAAGUAUUGCAGCUGGAAGCAACAAAAAAGAUACUGCUAAAGACAAGGGCACACUGGAGGAUCAAAUCAUCCAGGCUAACCCCGCUCUGGAGGCUUUUGGGAACGCCAAGACCAUUAGGAAUGACAACUCUUCCAGAUUUGGAAAAUUCAUUCGAAUCCACUUUGAUACCAGAGGAAAGGUUGCCUCAGCUGACAUUGAAACAUACCUUCUGGAAAAGUCUCGUGUGGUCUGCCAGCUCAAGGCUGAAAGAGAUUACCACAUUUUCUACCAGAUUUUGUCCAACAAGAAGCCAGAACUUCUGGAGAUGCUGCUGAUAACAAAUAAUCCAUACGACUAUUUCUUCAUCUCUCAGGGAGAAACCCAAGUGCCUUCCAUAGAUGAUGCAGAAGAACUAAUGGCAACAGAUAGUGCCUUUGAUGUGUUGGGAUUUACUCAAGAGGAGAAAAACUCUGUUUACAAGCUCACUGGUGCCAUCAUGCAUUAUGGAAACAUGAAAUUCAAGCAGAGGCCUCGUGAGGAGCAAGCAGAAGCAGAUGGAACUGAAGAUGCUGACAAAGCAGCUUAUCUGAUGGGCCUGAACUCUGCAGACCUGAUCAAAGGUCUCUGUCACCCAAGGGUCAAAGUAGGAAAUGAGUGGGUCACCAAGGGACAGAGUGUUAACCAGGUGAACUACGCCAUUGGAGCUCUGUCUAAAGCUGUUUAUGAGAAGAUGUUCCUGUGGAUGGUCAUAAGAAUCAACCAGUCACUUGAAACCAAGCAGCCCCGACAGUACUUCAUUGGAGUGCUGGACAUUGCUGGAUUUGAGAUUUUUGAUUUCAACACCUUUGAGCAGCUGUGCAUCAACUUUACCAAUGAAAAACUGCAACAGUUUUUCAACCAUCACAUGUUUGUGCUGGAGCAAGAAGAGUACAAGAAAGAAGGAAUUGAAUGGACCUUCAUUGAUUUUGGUAUGGAUCUCCAGGCCUGUAUAGACCUGAUUGAAAAGCCCAUGGGUAUCAUGUCCAUCCUUGAAGAGGAGUGCAUGUUCCCGAAAGCCAGUGAUGCCACCUUUAAAGCUAAGCUUUAUGACAACCACCUGGGGAAAUCCAACAACUUUCAGAAACCCAGAGUUGUCAAAGGAAAACCAGAGGCCCAUUUUUCCCUGGUUCAUUAUGCAGGAACUGUUGAUUAUAACAUCAACAACUGGCUGGUGAAGAACAAGGAUCCUCUGAAUGAGACUGUGGUUGGAUUGUACCAAAAAUCCACUCUAAAACUGCUUGCUAUCCUGUUUGCAAAUUAUGCAGGAGCUGAUUUAGUGUUGGGUGAAGCAUCUGAGGGUAAAAAGGAGAAGAAGAAGAAAGGAUCAUCAUUUCAGACGGUCUCAGCUCUGCAUAGGGAAAACUUGAACAAGCUGAUGACCAACCUGCGGUCCACCCACCCUCACUUUGUGCGCUGCAUCAUCCCCAAUGAGACCAAGACUCCUGGGGCCAUGGAGAACCCUCUGGUGAUGCACCAGCUGCGCUGUAACGGCGUGCUGGAAGGCAUCAGGAUCUGCAGAAAGGGCUUCCCAAACAGGAUCCUCUAUGGGGAUUUCAAGCAGAGAUAUCGCAUCCUGAAUCCAGCUGCCAUCCCUGAGGGUCAGUUCAUUGACAGCAGGAAGGGAGCAGAGAAACUUCUUGGGUCUUUGGAUGUUGAUCACAGCCAGUACAAGUUUGGUCACACCAAGGUGUUUUUCAAAGCUGGAUUGCUGGGUCUCCUAGAAGAAAUGAGAGAUGAGCGGCUAUCUAAAAUUAUUACGGCCAUUCAAGCUAGGUCUCGUGGUCUGCUGUCACGAAUUGAGUAUCAGAAGAUGGUAGAACGCAGAGAUGCUUUGUUAGUGAUUCAGUGGAACAUCCGAUCCUUCAUGGGGGUCAAGAAUUGGCCCUGGAUGAAGCUGUUCUUCAAGAUCAAACCCCUGUUAAGAUCUGCAGAAGCAGAGAAAGAGAUGGCCAAUAUGAAGGAAGAAUUCCUGAAGCUCAAAGAGGCUUAUGCAAAAUCUGAAGCUCGUAGAAAGGAACUAGAGGAAAAAAUGGUCUCCCUUCUCCAAGAGAAGAACGACCUGCAACUCCAAGUCCAAGCUGAACAAGAUAAUCUCUGUGAUGCAGAGGAGCGAUGUGAGGGGCUGAUCAAAAACAAAAUUCAGCUGGAGGCAAAAGCCAAAGAGCUGUCGGAAAGAUUGGAAGAUGAAGAGGAGAUGAAUGCUGAACUGACUGCAAAGAAGAGGAAGCUGGAAGAUGAGUGCUCCGAGUUAAAGAAGGACAUUGAUGAUCUGGAGCUAACUCUGGCUAAAGUGGAGAAGGAAAAACACGCCACUGAGAACAAGGUAAAGAACCUGACAGAGGAGAUGGCUGCUUUGGAUGAUAUCAUCGCCAAGCUUACCAAGGAGAAGAAAGCUUUACAAGAAGCUCAUCAGCAAACGCUGGAUGACCUGCAGAGUGAAGAAGACAAAGUCAACACUCUGACCAAGCUAAAGGCCAAGCUGGAGCAACAAGUGGACGAUCUUGAAGGGUCCCUUGAACAAGAGAAAAAGAUUCGAAUGGACCUUGAAAGAGCAAAGAGGAAGCUUGAGGGGGACCUGAAGUUGGCCCAAGAAAGUGUCAUGGAUCUAGAAAACGACAAGCAACAACUGGAGGAGCGCCUGAAAAAGAAAGACUUUGAGAUCAGCCAGCUAAAUAGCAAAAUUGAGGAUGAACAGUCUAUCAUUGCUCAACUCCAGAAAAAGCUCAAAGAGUUGCAGGCCCGUGUAGAGGAGCUGGAGGAAGAACUGGAGGCCGAGCGAGCUGCUCGAGCCAAAGUGGAGAAGCAAAGAGCAGACUUGGCUCGGGAGCUGGAGGAGAUCAGUGAGAGGCUGGAGGAGGCUGGAGGAGCCACAGCUGCUCAGAUCGAGAUGAACAAGAAGAGGGAGGCCGAGUUCCAGAAACUCCGCAGAGACCUUGAGGAGGCCACUCUGCAGCAUGAAGCCACUGCUGCUACACUCAGGAAGAAGCAAGCAGACAGUGUGGCUGACCUGGGAGAGCAGAUUGACAACCUGCAGAGAGUCAAGCAGAAACUGGAGAAGGAGAAGAGUGAACUCAAACUGGAGCUGGAUGAUGUGGUUUCCAACAUGGAACAUAUUGUAAAGUCUAAGACUUUCUUGGAAAAGACAUGCAGAACUUUGGAAGAUCAAAUGAAUGAGUACAGGAACAAAUGUGAUGAAUAUCAAAGGUCCCUUAAUGAUUUCACCACUCAGAAGGCCAAACUUCAGGCUGAGAACGAUGAGCUUUCCAGACAAAUGGAGGAGAAAGAAUCUCUUAUUUCUCAACUGACCAGAGGGAAGAAUUCCUACAAUCAACAGCUUGAAGAUUUAAAAAGACAACUAGAGGAAGAAAUAAAAGCCAAGAACGCCUUAGCCCAUGCUGUGCAGUCAGCUCGUCAUGACUGUGACCUCCUCAGGGAGCAGUAUGAGGAGGAGCAGGAGGCCAAGGCUGAGCUGCAGCGCAGCAUGUCCAAAGCCAACUCCGAGGUGGCUCAGUGGAGAACCAAGUACGAAACUGACGCCAUCCAGAGGACUGAGGAACUGGAAGAAGCCAAGAAGAAGCUGGCUCAGCGUCUGCAGGAGGCUGAGGAAGCUGUUGAAGCAGUGAAUGCUAAAUGUUCCUCCUUGGAGAAGACCAAACACAGACUGCAGAAUGAGAUUGAAGAUCUCAUGGUGGAUGUGGAGAGGUCAAACGCGGUGGCUGCCACUCUUGACAAAAAGCAGAGGAACUUUGACAGGGUCUUGGCAGAGUGGAAACAAAAGUAUGAAGAAUCUCAAUGUGAGCUAGAAAGCUCCCAGAAGGAAGCUAGAUCUCUGAGCACUGAGCUCUUCAAACUGAAGAACUCCUAUGAAGAGGCCCUAGAACAUCUGGAGACCUUGAAGAGGGAGAAUAAGAACCUACAAGAGGAAAUAUCUGACCUAACCGAGCAACUUGGUGAAGGCGGAAAAACCCUUCAUGAGCUGGAGAAGGUUCGUAAGCAGCUGGAGCAAGAAAAAAGUGAAAUCCAGUCUGCCCUCGAGGAGGCAGAGGGAUCCCUUGAGCAUGAAGAGAGUAAGAUUUUGAGAACCCAGCUUGAGUUUAACCAGAUCAAAGCAGAAAUGGAGCGGAAAUUGUCUGAGAAAGAUGAGGAGAUGGAGCAGAGCAAGAGGAACAUGCAGAGGACCAUUGACACCCUGCAGAGUUCUCUGGAGGCAGAGUGCCGCAGCAGGAAUGAAGCUCUUCGUAUUAAAAAGAAGAUGGAGGGAGACCUCAACGAGAUGGAGAUCCAGCUCAGCCAAGCCAACAGGCAGGCAGCUGAAGCCCAGAAACAGCUGAAGUCUAUUCAUGCCCAUCUGAAGGAUUGUCAGAUUCAGCUGGAUGAGUCUUCAAAGGGCAAUGAUGAUCUUAGGGAGAACAUGGCCAUCGUUGAGAGACGAAACACCCUGCUUCAGGCUGAACUGGAGGAGCUGAGAGCUGCUCUGGAGCAAACUGAGAGGAGCCGCAAACUGGCCGAGCAAGAGCUGCUGGAUGUCAGUGAGAGGGUGCAGCUGCUGCACUCACAGAACACAGGGCUGAUAAACCAGAAGAAGAAGCUGGAGUCUGAUACAGUGCAGCUUCAAACAGAGGUUGAAGAUGCAGUGCAGGAGUGCAGGAAUGCUGAAGAGAAGGCCAAAAAGGCCAUCACUGAUGCCGCCAUGAUGGCAGAGGAACUGAAGAAAGAGCAGGACACCAGCGCUCACCUGGAGCGCAUGAAGAAGAACAUGGAACAAACCAUCAAAGACCUGCAGCACCGUCUGGAUGAAGCUGAGCAGAUCGCCAUGAAGGGAGGAAAGAAGCAGGUGCAGAAGCUUGAGGCCAGGGUGAGGGAGCUAGAAAACGAGGUGGAACUGGAGCAGAAGAAAAGCAGUGAGACUGUGAAAGGUAUCCGUAAAUAUGAGCGCCGCAUCAAGGAGCUUACCUACCAGACUGAGGAAGAUCGAAAGAACAUUGCUCGACUGCAAGAUCUGAUAGACAAGCUGCAGCUAAAGGUUAAAGCCUACAAAAGAGCUGCUGAAGAGGCCGAGGAACAGGCUAAUGUCCAUCUCUCAAAGUUCCGCAAGCUUCAACAUGAGCUUGAUGAGGCUGAGGAGAGAGCAGACAUCGCCGAGUCUCAGGUCAAUAAGCUAAGAGUCAAGAGCCGCGAUGUGGGGUCAAAGCAGAAAGGGUUUGAAGAAGAGUGAAGCUUUGGAGCCUCCAGAAACACUUCUGCCUGCUGUGAACUUUGGAUUUCCUUCCUUAUUAUUGCUCACAACCUUUAGUGCUAAUAAAAUCACUUAGAAAAUGCUGCAAAAA